AUGCAGGGCUAUUGGGUUCUGCUAGGUCUUUGCUGGCUGGGGCAGCUGUGUGUGGCUCAGAAUUUGAGGCCUCAGAUUGCAAACCCCAAACUUGCUACAAACAAUCCUACCCUUACUACAAUUGUUCUAGAGAAACCUUUCUGUGUGUUUGAUGAUUCACGGUCUCCAGGUAGCUCCUAUGUGGUCUACUUGUAUGCAAUGGCUGACUCUGCAAGCACUGUAAGCUCAGCUGUGACUGACAACAGCAGCAAACCUCUCAACACCACUUUCCAAGACACCAACGGAGGACAACUUGGACCUUACAGGGCUGCAUUGUUUAAUGUGCCCAAUUGUGUAUCACCCCCUCUGCUGGCUGAUGUUGUAAAUGUGAAAAAAGUUUCAGAUGUCUUGAAACAAUACCUCUUCAGAGUGGGAGAUGAUGUGACUUGUUUAUAUGACCCAAACUUCCCUGGUGCCUGUAACCCACCUCUUGCUGAGGAUACAACAUACAGGUUUAAGUACCUUCUAGUAGAUCUGGUUGCAGGUGUUGUGAAAGACCAAACGCUCUGGUCUGAUCCAAUGAAAACUCGUAGGGUAAAACAGACUUCAACAAUUGAUACCUGGCCUGGGCGAAGGAGUGGAGGAAUGAUUGUCAUCACAUCCAUCUUAAGCACGCUUAUAUUCCUUCUAGUUGUUGGAUUUCUUGCCUCCAUAUUCUUCUUUGUCAUCAGGGCAUCAGGAGAGACAUCCACAGAGACCACACAUGCGUCUCAGACUACCCAGCAGGCUGUACCAAGAUCUCAGGAUAGCUCUGAGGGAGUGAACCAGUGAGCCCUGAGAGAAAGAAGAGUCCACACCCUGGCUGAACUUCAACUGAACGGCUACAAAUGUACUGAUAUUAAAGAAUUGCCCUUUCCUACUGAACUUUGAAUAGGUCACAUUGAUUAGAUACUCAAGUUCAGUAAGUGAAGCUGAAUGGCACAGGUGUUCUAUACAUAUCAUGUUCCAUCAACUCCUACAGAGCAGCACACUAUCUUCAUUAGGUUGCUGCUACAAGUUGUGGCAGCAAGUAAUCUUGUCAUUGGGCUCAUGGUACUUCUAUCCUUCAGUUAACUCAUGUGCGGCUGCAUAUUUCCAAAACUGAGGCGUGGUAGAGAGUUCUGAUUCUAGAGAGCAGUUCAUAGUCAGUGACUGCCUGGUUUAGUGGGAGGAGAGAGAAAAUGACCAAGUGUAUUAGUGUGGGCUAGAGUAACAUACUGAAAACUUUCAAGUUUGCUAGCCUGGGCUAGGGUUUAGUACAUAAUUAUCCUUGUUUAUAGGUUAGAAGCUAAAUAGGUUCUAAAGCUGAGCUCAACCUUUGACUUUUAUUUUAGCUUCUUUUUAUAUAAUUGAGAAUGUGAUGUAGGUAAAGAGAGGCUUCAUAUGGAGAACAGUACUUAACAGUGCAUGCAGCCUAAUCAAGGCUUGAUAGCAGCUAGCUCUUCAGUUAGCGCCUUAGGAAGAACAAACUUAGUACCAAACUUUCAUUGAAAGAAGGGUAGAGGCAAACUAACCAACUGUUAGAAACUACAAAUGAGGGAUAUGGAUGCCUGUGGCAUCAGCAACUUUCACAGUUCUGCACAGCCCCCACACCUCAUUGUUUAAAAAUAUGUAACUUCCCUGCAGAGACCAGACUUCAGGUCUCUAGUUCUAAAUACUUCUGGACUAGUAUUGGUAUGCAACACUAAAGCAUCUCUCUUAGAACUAGGCAACCCUACUUCUUAUGGAAGUUGUUAGUGUCCAGCUCCCUAGAAAAUCUGGGCUGUAAAUAUUCAGAGAGCUUCUAUCUCUAUAUAAGGCUAGUGUUUUCAACUAAAAUAUUGGCUGGAAGUUACAUUGCCUGAGAAACAGUCACUUUUAAUGAAAACUGGGUGAUAGAAUGUCUAGUCUCUACUAUUUAGAGCAGGGAUAUCUUUGACACUUCAUACACCAUGACAGUGGAGGGGGGUGAGGAUUGGCUGGUUCCAUCAGCUGCUAAUCCUACUAUGGUAACAUGAAAUGUUCAAACAGUGCAUCCUCAACUUGUACUGCUGGAAGUGAACUUGUCAUGUAUUUCUUUCCUUCACUACCAUUCUGUCCCACUGACCAGUAUAAGUGGAAAAAUUAUACUAACACUGAGUUUCUCCUCUCCCUAGCCUUCCCAAGUUGCACUGAAUGGGUCCAGCUUGAAGCCUUCUCAUAAACUGUGUAUAUGAGCAACUCCUGCUGUACCCAACUAAGUAUUCUUAACAUGUACAUAGUUGUCACUAACAUAAUACAUUUGUCAUACACUAGUGCUGAAGUCAGUUUAAGCCUGUCUCAGUUUAGCAAAUAUCAGUCUUUUAUGCAGCCACCAGUAAAAUGGGUGGCUAAUAAACACAUCACUGGCACAGUUACUCAAGUCUUUGUUAAUCUUCAUUAACACAUACUGAAAGAAAACAGCAGCUUUUUCCUGGCUUUUAACUGUUUAAACUCCUUUAGAAAAGUGUACAAAGGGCAUUCUUUUAAUGUAAAACUUCACCAUAAUAAAAUGU